GGGAGCCCCGGCCUGGCCUGCCGAUCGCGUCCCCUUCCCGCCCCGCCAGCCGCUGUCCAAGCUCGCCCCGUCCGCCUUUCUUUCUCCCGUUCCCGGUCUCUCUUUUUUUUUUUUUUUCCCUUUCCUCCCUUCCAAGAUGGCCGAAGUGGAUUCCCCCUCUUAACGAUUUGGCGUCUCCCUCGACCACCUCCUCUUUGUGCAGCAACCCCCUGCUAAGACCCUGCUCGCGAGGUGACACUUCCCAGUCUCCUCAGUCCUGACCCCUGGCAUCAUGCAUCGAACCACACGGAUUAAAAUCACGGAGCUGAACCCUCACCUCAUGUGUGCCCUCUGUGGGGGCUAUUUCAUCGAUGCCACCACCAUUGUGGAGUGCUUGCAUUCCUUCUGCAAAACCUGCAUCGUGCGCUACUUGGAGACCAACAAAUAUUGCCCCAUGUGUGACGUCCAGGUUCAUAAAACCCGACCACUCCUGAGCAUCAGGUCGGACAAAACCCUCCAGGACAUUGUCUACAAGUUGGUGCCUGGGCUUUUUAAAGAUGAGAUGAAACGGCGUCGGGACUUUUAUGCAGCAUACCCCCUGACGGAGGUCCCUAAUGGCUCCAACGAGGACCGCGGCGAGGUCCUAGAGCAGGAGAAGGGCGCUCUGGGCGAUGAUGAGAUUGUCAGUCUUUCCAUUGAGUUCUAUGAAGGAGUCAGGGACCGAGAGGAGAAGAAGAGUCUCAUGGAGAACGGGGAUGGGGACAAGGAGAAGACAGGGGUGCGCUUCCUGCGAUGCCCAGCAGCCAUGACUGUCAUGCACCUCGCAAAGUUUCUCCGCAACAAAAUGGACGUACCCAGCAAGUACAAGGUGGAGAUCCUCUAUGAAGAUGAGCCCCUGAAGGAAUAUUACACCCUCAUGGACAUUGCCUACAUCUACCCCUGGCGGAGGAAUGGGCCUCUCCCCCUCAAGUACCGUGUCCAGCCAGCCUGCAAGCGGCUCACCCUGCCCACAGUGCCCACUCCCUCAGAGGGCACCAACACCAGCGGGGCAUCAGAGUGUGAGUCUGUCAGUGACAAGGCUCCCAGCCCUGCCACCCUUCUGGCCACCUCCUCCUCCUUGCCCAGCCCUGCGACCCCAUCCCAUGGCUCUCCCAGCUCCCACGGCCCCCCAGCCACCCACCCUACCUCCCCCACUCCACCUUCGACCGCCUGUGGGACCACAGCUGCUACCAACGGGGGCACUUCGAACUGCCUGCAAACGCCAUCCUCCACCAGCAGGGGGCGCAAGAUGACUGUUAACGGAGCUCCUUGCCCCCCUUAACUUGAGGAAAGGGACCCUCUCCCGCAGCAGCCACCUCUCCCCCUCCCUUCUACUUUUUCUGGUCCCCCUUUUCCACCUUUGACUUUCCUGGUUCCUCCCAUCUUCAGAGUGGGAGGUGGGUUUUAUAAAUAAAUCUAUCUAUAUAAAUAUAUAUAUGUACAUAGGAAAAACCAAAUAUACAUACUUAUUUUCUAUGGACCAACCAGAUUAAUUUAAAUGCCACAGGAAACAAACUGUAUGUGUGUGUAUGUGUGUGUGAGUGUUUGUGUCUAGGAGGUCUUCUGUAGUUUGCUCUGCUCUUCUGGGGGUGGGGUACCUGGUGGUCUUAAGAGGCCACUGGAAGUAUUAGAGCCCUCCCCUGUAUUCAUUCCGCUUCCCAGGGCAGAGGGCAUGUUGGGUCUCCUAGCUGACCAGAUAAUGGGGUCCAUCUCUAAGCCCCCCCAUUGUUGAAUGUCCAGAGAAUUGCUAAGACAGUGCCUUUAAAAAGUGCGGUUUGUCCUCUGGCUGUGAGGAUCAAGUGGCCAUGGAGAAGGCAUCUCCCUCACCUGCUUGGACAGUGGGACCCUUGUGCAAACAAUAGAUGGUUCUACCUUUUUUAUCCCCGCCCCCCUUCUUUUUUUUUCUUUUUUCCUGUGUGUGGCCUUUUUGUCCAUCAUUUAUUCAGGCUGUGGGGAGACCCCAGCCCUGCAAAGUCUAUGUGUGACUUUCCUUCUGCCCUACCCUGACCCAGGAACCCCUACUAGCAAGACUGGCGGUGACACUUCAAUGGGGGCCUAGAGUGAAGGGUUGGGGUGUGGAACCCCGGACGAGCACAGACUUGAGUUCUGCCAAAGGCCAACAGCUUUCUAGUCCACUUCCCUUCCCCUAGCCGAGGCCAAACGGGGACAGGACAGAGGCAUUAGAAGCACAAGGAAAUCAAGUGGAAGCUGACCCCACUCUACCUAGCGGACCACCUACUAGGGGCCGACCUUGCUUACCUGGUUUUCCUCAAGUGUACAUAGAUGGGGAAAGGUGGGGGGGAGGAGACCAAGGUAUUGGCUCGAGUAUGUGAGGUCCUGAGCCCGUGGGGUCUCUUUGCACCAUGUCCUGAGUCUGAGGUUCUGUGACUGUACCCACCUGUCCUGGGUCAUUUGUAUCUCUUGGUUUUGUAAUAAAUGCUGCAUA